AUGAAUAUACAAUCCGCGAACGACAGCUUGGCGGAUUCCAUGGAACAUAUACUCGAUUGUAAACUUCUUUUGGAGGAUGAUAUUAGUAUCGACGUGGCCAAAUCAUCGGGGCCAAAAUCAGAAUACGAGGUUACAAGCGAAGAAGAACUAACUGAGGCAAUACAGGCUUAUCGCGUUAGACUUAGAGAGAACAUCUCGCAUUACUUUCCACAGAAUCUUAAUAUUGAGACACUAGUUAACUACUAUCUCCACCCGAUCCACAAGGAUCUAAUGUCACUGGACUUCACAUCAGAAACACGAACUACAACACUGGCCGAAAUAAAAAGGGAAAUAACAAAUAGAUAUGUUGCUAUAUUUGAGGCAGAAUCUAUUCUGGAGAAAUACUUGACAGACAAGACGACAGUUGUGACGGAACAAUCAACAGAAUAUGGUGAGUCUAUGGAAUCAUGUACGCCUAAUAAGCCUACAGGUGAAGGAAACAAACGAAAAGCCGAUCAAAUCCAAAGCAGUGUAUUGUAA